AUGUCUGAAGAGGAGGAAAAAAGGCUGAAACAGCUUGAAGAGGCCAGGAGAAGGGUUCAGGAGCUGAAAAACAAGAAGAAGAAGAAAGACAAGAAGAAGAAAACAAAGGGUGAAGAGAACGAAUCUGAGGUCGGAAACGCUAGCGAGAACACCAGCGAGGCUGUUGAGGAGCGUGUUGAUGUGGCGCCUGAUGCGAAUGCAGCCCACUCUGAUGAUACUGCAGAAAAACUAGACAACCGCGCCCCAGAGAUAGUCAAUGUUGAAAGUAGUGUAGAAACACAGGAGAGCGAAGGUACCUCCGAGGCAUUGAGCGUGCCAAAAAAUGACGUGCAGGAAGUUGAAACAGCAACUACGGAGAAUGAAGAAAAAGGCGCUGAAGAAGGUCUGAUCAAUGAAGAAGAAAAGCACAAAGAUGAAGAACAGGCGGAUGUUGAGGUUGAAAAUGCUCAAAGUGCUGAGGAUAACACAGUUGAGGCAGCACUGGAAGGUACGGGCCAAAAUUCUGCAGAGACUGAAACUAUUGUCGAGCAACAAAGAUCUGAUGAUCAAGCCACUGAGUUAUUCUCUAGCGAUAACGAUAACAAGGACUCCGACUUCCUUACAGAACUACAGAGGGAGAACGAUCGUCUGGCUCUCAUAGAUCUUGAGAAGCAAGUUUCCGAGCUCAGCUCUCAACUACGCAGCUUGAAGUUUGUUAACAUGGAACAAGAAACAACAGUCGAAGAGUUGCAGGAACGUGUACAUGAACUCGAACAAGAAGUGAGCGUAUCUCAACAAGAACUUGCUUCUGUAAAGCAGGAGUUAAUGCAGGAAAAGCAAAAAACAGCCAGAAGUGCCGCCUCCACGGAGCCUUCUCUUUUGCAAACACGCUCGUCUACUUUCAGCCCGUAUGCCAAUAAUAACCCAGUUGUAGAUAGAGCCGCGAUUGACAAGUGGAAAAACUGGAAUGUGGACAUGACAGCGUGGCGGAGUAUCGGCUCGGGGCCUGUCGUACAUUUUUAA